AUGGUGUACUGCCAAAACCUCGACCUACAUACCAUAACGCAGACUCAGAAGCUACCCCUAACACAUUUGGACGCGAUGUUACUGCGGCCGAUUCAGGCAGCACCAGAAGGCACUCCCGGCGGUCUUGCCCCAGCGGAGCCUCAAACGGGUCCUGAUGGUGAAAUCAUCGGAGGACCUCGUACUCCUCAACAGAUUGCUGCGCAAAGGAGGCUACAACAGACCCAGGCGCAAGUCGAUGAAGUUGUGGAUAUUAUGAAAGCUAACGUCGAGAAGGUAUUAGACAGAGAUGCCAAACUAUCAGAACUUGAUGAUAGAGCAGACGCGCUUCAGCAAGGCGCAUCGCAGUUUGAACAGCAAGCUAAGAGUUUGAAGAACAAAUUUUGGCUUCAAAAUCUUAAGGAUACUAGUUGUAAGCUUAAACCACGUGUUAAUGAAGCCCAGAUGAGGUUCUGUAGUGCUAGAGGCUUCGUGGCGUAUGUUGUGCUUACGGCUGUUUGCAGGUGA